UCUUAAAUAUCUUUUAUCUAUUACAUAUGAAAAUGAAACACCAUUCGCUACCCAAGAGUAUGAAGUUUUUCGAUAUAGUGCAAUUCUAGCAGCAAAACAAGUCUCUGAUAAUACAUACAGAAAUCUUAUGGAACGGUUACCAACUUUAGAACAAAUUGAAAAUUCAAUUGAAGUAGAAAAAAAACUUUUUAUUGAUCAUCAACAAGUUACUAAGGAACUAGAACCUUUGGUUAAAUAUAUUGAUUUCAAAAGGAUUAAGACUCAUAUAUUAGCCAAUUUCAUUGAACCAUUAGGAAUUAUUCCAACUGAAAUAGUUUGUAAUGCUUAUCGAAAUAUAGCAUUAUUAAGUAAUUUUAGUUUAAGUGAUUUUCGUAACGAAUCCGAUUAUGUUUGGGAUGAGACAGCAUGUGGGUCAAAGCUCAUUAUUAAGGAUAACGGAAAAAUUGUACAAGCACUA